GUGGACCCAGGAACGGCGCAGAUUGCACGUUGAGAACCCACGACGAAGAAUCGAUGCCUUUCUGAUCCACGUCCAUAUCCAUUUCAUCGCUCUCAUGUUGCACAACCCGCAAAGGUGUAAAAUGUCUGAGAAUGAGACUCAAGUCUGUCGGACGCGCCGGGUCAGAGGAGGGCCUCAAGACAUCGGAAACCAUCACAGGUAAUGAAGCAAGAACCUCGUCCUCAUGCGCGCGUUUCGCUUCAGCCUUCUCUCGUUCGGAGUGGAUCCUAUCCUCUUCCGCCUUUCGAGCUUCCUCUGCUUUGCGCGUUUCUUCUGUUCGUCGAGCUUCAUCGGCUUUGCGAUCCUCCUCUGCUUUCCGCGCCUGUUCCUCAGCUGCCUCUUUCGCCGCUCGUUCGGCCGCUGCAGCUUCCUCGGCCUUGCGAAUGUUCUCCAAGCGCUCAGCUUCCUCCUCGGCCUUCCUUUCCGCUGCCUUCCGCUCGUCUGCAGCUUGCUUCUCUUCGGCAGUUUCGUCCACGGUCGGUAGGGGCUUGUCGGCAGUUCCACGGAAUGACAAAGAUCGUCGUCGAGUUCGGGGCGAGGACUCUGGAGCUGGAAUCGAAACACUUUUCG